AUGAACGGUCUCACUGGCACCAUCCGCGAGUCCGCCCGCCGUCCGUCUCCUCUCCGUCCCAACUCGUCCUUUUCGUUUGAGAACCCCAUCGCCCCGUCCGACAUGAGCGUCCACCCCGUCAUCCACGAAGGCCGCGUCGCAGUCAUCACCGGCGCCGCCAGCGGCAUCGGGCGCGCCGCCGCCGUCGAGCUCGCAAAGAUCGGCCUCAAAAUCGCCAUCGCAGACGUCUCUGCCGACGCCCUCCGCGAGACCGGCGUCGAGGUCGCCAAGAUCGUCGGCGACGCCAACGUCCUCGUCGUCCCCACCGAUGUCAGCAAACUCGACGACGUCGUCCGCCUCCGCGACCGCGUCUAUGAGGCGUGGGGCGAGGUCGGCGUCCUCAUGAACAACGCCGGCAUCGGCCCCACCGGCACAUCCUGGGAGGGCCUCGAUGCCUGGCACAACAUCUUUGACGUGAACCUCUGGGGCGUCCUCCACGUCCAGCAGACAUUCGUGCCCUCGAUGCUGCACCAGGAGAACCCCGCGGUCAUCAUCAACACCGGCUCCAAGCAGGGCAUCACCAAUCCGCCCGGAAACGCAGCGUACAACGCGUCCAAGGCGGCGGUCAAGUCGCUCACAGAGGGACUCGCGCACGAGCUCCGCAACGUCCCGCAGGCCAGCCUCACUGCCCAUUUGCUCAUCCCUGGGUGGGUGUGGACUGGCCUCACAGGCGCAAAGAACGGCGGCGAGAAGCCUCCCGGCGCAUGGACUCCGCAAGAGACGGUGUUGUACAUGCUCGACCACGUCCGCCAAGGCACGUUCUACAUCCUGUGCCCGGACAACGAGACCCGGCGCGAGGUCGACCAGCUCCGCAUCAUGUGGACCGCGGGCGACGUUGCCGAGGGCCGUCCCGCCCUCAGCCGCUGGCACCGCGACUACAAGGCGCUCUUCGAGGAGUACCUCCGCGACGGGCUUGCCCAGCUCGACUGA